AUGAGAAGAUCUACCUCUUAUCACGGCGCUGCAUCACACAGGAGACCCUACCCCUGCGUGAUAGCAGAUCGAUUCCCCGGGAAAUGCAAGAGGAGUUUCAACAACAUUGAAAAGCUCAACGAGCAUAUUAAGAGAUGCCACAACCCAUUCCUCUGGUGUAAUGAUUGCUUGAAAAAGUUCAACAGCUCCAUGAGUAAGGAGGCGUUGGAUCGCGAGAAGGAGUACCAUAAGGUGAUAUGUCCCAAAGAGCCUUCCGAGAAAAACAAAGCCCUCAGGGAGAGGGCUUACGUCAUUGAAGAAGCUCGAUAUGAGCUUUGUAAGAAGCUUGGGUGGAAGCAGACUGCUGCUUCACAUGAGCUCAAUCGCGAAACAGGCGGCAAGGAAUGCGUGUCUCAGCGGAGCUGGAGACAGAUCCGUGACACUAUCUUCCCAGCCGACACCGUAACGGUGGACGAGUCUCACGAGCUCGUUGCAAGAGUCGAGAACGAGCCGAGAAACGAAAUGUUCUUGACUCAGUUUCGAGGCAGAGACUCACUUGUCCCAACACAGAUAGAGAUCAGCACGAUCUCUCAGCCACCCCCAACGGUUGAUAACACGUCUCACCUAUCCACGGUCCUGUCUGAGGUGACUGCUCCUCUCACAGGUCCAACGACGAUUGCUUUCUCUGAUCCUGGACCGGAUGGGAAAGACGACAUGGUCGGGCUUUUUCCAUUACCCCCACUCCCUAAUCUCCAAGAAUAUGAGUCUGCAAACUCCUUGACUGGUACGGGAAAAUGGGAUACUAGCUACUUGGAUCCGGAACUGGAACUUGAAAUGGACUUUGACCAAUGGCUAAAUUCAGAAUGA